AUGAGUGGACCAAGGGGCUCUAACGUUGUCUUUGUUGGAAAUAUACCUUAUGAGCUUACCGAAGAGCAGUUGACGGAGGUAUUCAAAGAAGUUGGACCGGUUGUAUCUUUUCGCCUUGUAUUUGAUAGAGACAGUGGAAGGCCUAGAGGAUAUGGGUUUUGCGAAUAUCACGAUGCCGAAACCGCUGCAAGCGCAGUACGUAACCUCAAUAACGUAGAGGUUGGUGGAAGACAGCUAAGGGUUGAUUAUGCUGACGGAGAUCCCGCAAUUGCCUCUUCGAUUCCACCAUCCGAAAGAUUAAAUACAGAAAGACAACCACCGCCUUCUCAGCCACAACCACAACCGAUUGUUCCACCAAAUACACCACAUCAAUCUGCAAUCGAAAGUAUAUCACAAACAGUCCAACAUUCAAUGACUCAGGCUCAACUUCUUGAAAUUUUAUCAACAAUGAAGCUACUCAUCCAAACUCAUCAAGAUCAGGCUCGGUUACUAUUAGCACAGAAUCCUCAACUUUCAUAUGCGUUAUUUCAAGCAAUGUUACAACAGAACUUAGUCGAUCCAGCAAUAUUACCGCGCGUAUUACAACAUAGCAAUCCUCAGGCACAGUCUCAACCUAAUCCUGUACAACAUCCACCCUCGCUUGUUCCUCCGCCAAAUUAUGUUCCACCUAAUGUGCCUAAUGCAGCCGCAGUGCCACCACAACUUCAACCAGCUAUGUAUUCUACGAUUCCUCAACAACCUCAACCGAUGAUUCAGCAACCUAUAACACAAACUAUGCAGCAACCAAUAACACAGACCAUGCAGCAGCCUAUAACACAAAAUAUGCAACAACCAAUAACGCAAAAUAUGCAACCUCCUAUAGGAAUGCCAGUAAUGAAUGCCGGAAUGAUGCCUGUUAUAGGGAACGUUGGCGUUACCCCCGCUACAUCUGUAGCCGGAAUCGUUGGAAAUAUUAAUGAUUUGCAAAUUCAAGAAGCUCAAAAAUCGGUCUUUCUUAAUCUUCCGCAACAACAAAUUGAUAUGUUGCCACCAGACCAACGUAAUCAUGUUUUAGCUUUGGUGGAAACAACAACUUCUACUCCAAACUAG